AUGAUCCGCAACAUCGCUUUAAUUUUGGCCGCAGUAGUCGCCAGCCAUCUUUGCUUGGCGUCCCCAGUGCCUGAGCCAGAUCCAUUCUUCAGUAAACCUCACCGCACUCAUAUCAAAAUCCACGUCCCAUACGAGGUGCGUUCGUACCAUCAUCAUCACGUCGAGAAAGUGCCCGUCAUACACGAGGUUCCAAUCCUUAAGGAGGUACCCGUGCCCUACGAAGUUCCCGUUGUAAAACAUGUGCCGAUCAUCAACACUGUACCCGUACCUAUUGUCAAGACUGUAGCCAUCGAGAAACCAGUAUUCCUGCCAUACAAGGAACACUACGGUUAUCAUUAA